AAAUUUAGUAUAUACAGUACUUCAUAUGCAGACUGAUCGCCACUACCAGGAUGGGCAGUUGCAACAGCAAAGAAGGAUGCUGCCAGCCUCCUCGCAAAAUGAUCACAUGUGGUCUUGCAAAGGACCUCAAAUCUGGUGAGGACCUCACGCCUGAGGAGCGAGAAAGAAAGAAGAAGUUCGAGGCAAAGCGCAAGAUACACGACCACAUCAUCCCUUCCUUGAAGCUCGCGAGAAAACUUCUAGUGGAAGAAGACAAGGAAGAGGAAGAAGAGUUACUACACGAGUUGGCGUUCCGCAAGAAGGUUGAGGGCUACGAGGCUUACAGCAAGAAUGAAUAUCAGGAAGCUGUCCAGCACUACACGCAGGCUAUUGAGCUGUACGCCGACUGUACCUCAUACUACAACAGGUCGGCGUGCAACAUGAUGAUAUACAGGUUUACGGAUGCCCUCAACGACGCCAAGCACGCCGUCACUCUCGACAACUUCUUUGUUGAGGGUUGGAUCCGCGUGGGCGAGUGUCACGUUGCACUGGGUGACGGUGAGAUGGCACUAAGCGCGCUACGUCGCACCCAGGAGAUCGAGCCCAGCAACUCUACAGUGCACCAGGAGAUCGCCUCCGCUCAGGCGCUUCUUACCUGCAUCAGGGAGAGCCAAGACGCUGCGACCAAGAGCGACUACAUAACUGCGGUGUUCCACUUGGACCAAGCCCUGCGCUACGCUCUGGGCGGCCUCGUGCUGCUUAUCACCAAAGCAGAGUACCUCACAUUCCUGGGACGCGCCUCCGAGGCUGAAGAUAUCGUCAAUGACAUUCUGGUGUCGGACAACAACCGCGCGGACGUGCUGUACGUGCGGGGGCUGUGCCGCUACUACCAGGACAAUCAGGACGCCGCCAUCCAUUUCUUCCAGGAGGUCUUACGGCUCGUACCUGACCACAACAAGGCAAAGGAAACUUACGAGCGGGCAAAGUUGCUGAACAAAAAGAAGGAAGUAGGUGAAGCAGCGUUUAUAAUGGACGACUUCGCUCGGGCUUAUGACAUAUACUCGGAGGCCCUCGAGAUUGACGUCCUCAACAAGAGCACCAACUCGAAACUUUAUUACAACCGCGCCACAGUCGCUGCCAAGCUGGGCCUGUUGGAGCAAGCCAUCAGCGACUGCACCGAAGCGCUAAAGUUGGACGACAGUUGCGUCAAUGCUUACCUACGGCGCGCCAAGACAUACCAGCAGACCGAGCAGUACGAGGAGGCCGUCAGGGACUUCGAGAAAGUCUACCGCAUGCAACGCAGUCAAGAGCACAAGCAGUUGCUUUAUGAGGCCAAGACGCUGCUCAGGCGGGCCAAGCUCAAAUACUACUACAAGAUCCUCGGCGUCAGUAAAACUGCCUCUUUCGAUGAGAUUAAGAAGGCUUACAAAAAACAGGCACUUCUUCAUCACCCUGAUCGUCACUCGAGCGCAAGCGCGGACGAGAAGGCUGAGCACGAGCGUAAGUUCAAGGAGAGAGGCGAGGCUUACGCCUUCUUAAAGAAAAUGCACGACCGCGGCCAGGACGUCAACGACCCUGACUGUGGUGGCUUCAGGGACGUUGGUUUCUCAGAGGAAUUUGAAGCCUCUGGCUCGGACUGUUUCACAUUUGACAGUUUUGAUUGCUGGCUGUAAAGGCCAUUACUAUUACUGUUAAGGCUAAUAUUACU